AUGUUCUGCAAGGCGCUCCUCAGUCGCGCCGGCCCAGCAGCCAUCGCGGCAUCACGCGGCUGCACGGCCCGUCUUGGAGGCUCUCCCUUUGCCAUGCCUCUCCGCGCAAAGAUCCUCUCGCAGCAAGGUGCUGCGGGCGCUCAGAUUUUGCUAACUCGAGCCCAUUGUCAACCCCGUCAGAUGUCUACCAAAGCGGCCAUGGAGCUCUUCAAGGAGCUGCCCGGCGACGAACCCGAGGACGUCCUCUUCAACAGCCUGUACGGCCUGCGGACGAUCGAGCUCAACCGGCCCAAGAAGCUCAACUCGCUGGACGGGUCCAUGAUCCGCAAGAUCGCGCCGCGCCUGCUCGAGUGGGAGAAGUCGGACAUGGCCAACGUCAUCGUGAUGAAGGGCGCGGGCGACAAGGCCUUCUGCGCCGGCGGCGACGUGACCGCCCUGGCGCAGUCCAACAAGCAAGGGCCCGAGGGCCAGCAGGCGUCGGCCGACUACUUUGCGCUGGAGUACAAGCUCGACCACCUGAUCGCGACGUACCAGAAGCCGUACAUCUCCUUCAUGGACGGCAUCACGAUGGGCGGCGGCGUCGGCCUCAGCAUCCACGCCCCCUUCCGCAUCGCGACCGAGCGGACCGUGUUUGCCAUGCCCGAGACGACCAUCGGCUUCUUCCCCGACGUCGGCGCGUCCUUCUUCCUGCCCAGGAUGUCGGGCGCCGUGGGGACCUACCUCGCCCUGACCAGCGAGAGGCUCAAGGGCGCCAACGUCUUCUACUCGGGUGUCGCCACCCACUACCUCCAUUCCUCCAGCCUGCCCGCCCUCGAGUCCCGGCUGGCGGAGCUCCGCUUCAAGGACUUUGACAGCCUGCAGAAGAGGCUGGCCGUCAUCGGCAGCACCAUCGAGGAGUACUGCACGGGGCUGCCGCACGACCAGCCCAUCCUGCUGGGCGGCGAGCUGCGCAAGGCGAUCGACAGGUGCUUCAGCAAGGACAGCGUGGCCGACAUCAUCGCGGCGCUCAAGGCCGAGGAGGGCGCCACCAAGCAGUGGGCCGAGAAGACGCUGCAGACGCUGCACCAGCGGUCGCCCACGGCGGUGCACGUGAGCCUGCGGCAGAUGCGCAUCGGCGGCAAGUGGACCAUCGCCGAGACGUUCAGGCGCGAGCACCAGAUCGCCUCCAAGUUCAUGCAGCACCCGGACUUUACCGAGGGCGUCUCGGCGCUGCUGAUCAACAAGCCGUCGACCAAGCCCGAGUGGAAGCCGCAGACGCUCGAGGACAUCGGGCCCGACGACAAGGUGACGGAGCCCUUCUUCGCCAAGCCCAAGGACGACGACGGGGGCGCGAUCGAGCUGCUCAACGACCGCGACUACGCCGAGUACCCCUUCAGGGAGUUCGGCCUGCCCACGGAGCGCGAGGUGGAGGAGCUGGUGGUGGAGGGCACCAAGUCGCAGCGCGAGGUGGUCAACCAGCUGGUGGGCAAGACGCGGGGCAAGCAGGGCGUCAAGGAGGUGGUGGAGGAGAUUGUGGCGAGGAAGACGACCAAGAACGAGCAAGGCAAGGCUGUCUGGAUUCGCGAGGAUUAA